AUCAGUGAAACUGCUUUCUUAUCUUUUAAACUGCCGCUAAAAGAAAAAGUAAACAAAGCAAAAAGCCCUAGUGAUCUUGCAAAAACAACGCGUUGUCUCAUUAGAAAACAAGAAAACAUCACGCUGUUUCGAUCGAGUUCGUUUCUCGCCGUCGGUGAUGGCGGAAAACGCAGUCGCCGAGAUCGUAAAUCUCAACAGUGACAGCGACGAAGAUGACGGAGGAAGAGGAAUGGUUCAGAGCUUGGCAUCACUAAUUGAGAAUCAGAAAGUUUCGAUCGGUGAUGCUGCGACGGCGGCUCCUCGAGAAACCCUAGAAUGCCGGAGUUUCUGGAAAGCCGGCGAAAACUAUGUGAUCCCUACUGGUGUUACUCCAACUGCUCCAGGUAUGUUGGAACAUGCAAGAGUUCAUCCAAAGUUUCUUCACUCGAAUGCUACUUCACAUAAGUGGGCCUUUGGAGCAAUAGCAGAGCUACUUGACAAUGCGGUUGACGAGACACAAAACGGUGCCACCUUUGUCAAGAUUGAUAAGAUCAAUAUUGUUAAAGAUAAUACCCCUGCUUUAGUUUUCCAAGAUGAUGGUGGUGGGAUGGAUCCCAAUGGGAUAAGAAAAUGCAUGAGUUUAGGCUACUCUUCAAAGAAGUCUAAUACGACGAUUGGACAGUAUGGAAAUGGUUUCAAGACAAGUACCAUGAGACUUGGAGCUGAUGCUAUUGUUUUUAGUCGCUCAACUCAUGGAGGCAAAUCUACGCAGAGCAUCGGUCUUUUGUCUUAUACAUUCCUUAGGAGAACUGGUCAGGAUGAUGUGAUUGUUCCUAUGAUUGAUUUUGAUAUAUCCGAAGAUCAGCCCCAACCAAUUAUUUAUGGUUCCCCCGGAGAUUGGUCUACCAACCUUAACAUUCUUCUCAAAUGGUCCCCGUUUUCAACCGUGGACGAACUUUUGCAGCAGUUCGAGGAUAUUGGAACUCAUGGUACAAAAGUAGUUAUAUACAACUUGUGGCUAAAUGAUGAAGGAAUCUAUGAGCUUAGUUUUGAUGACGAUGAUGAGGACAUACAGCUCCGAGAUGAAAAUGCACAGGACGGGAAACGGUUGCAUGCUAAAACAUUAGAACUAAGAUCUCAUAUUUCAUACCGGUAUCGACAUUCUCUAAGGGCUUACAUUUCCAUGUUAUAUCUCAAAAAGUUCAAAAACUUCAAAAUUGUUCUUCGGGGAAUCCCUGUGCAGCAAUUCAACAUUGCUGAUGAAUUCAGAUAUCCUGAGACUGUAAUGUACAAACCCCAAGCAGCUGCAACAGAAUAUGCUGCUUCUGAAAUUAAAAUUGGAUUCAUCAAGGAGGCGCCUAAGCUUCCAAUUAAUGGUUUUAAUGUCUAUCACAAAAACCGUCUCAUCCGGCCUUUCUGGAAGGUCCUUCUGGAAGGGUCAACAAGAGGCAAUGGUGUUGUGGGAGUUCUAGAAGCAAACUUCAUAGAACCAGCCCACGAUAAGCAAGAUUUUGAGAGGUCUUCUCUAUUUCUGCGGCUCGAGGCGAGAUUAAAAAAGAUUAUCUCUGAUUACUGGCAAAGCCACUGCCACGUUUUCGGAUACCAAACUGCUCAAAUCCCUGCAGAUAAGUCGAAAAGGAUUGUGAUACCUGAUCAGCCUACUGUCAACACAUCAAAUCCUUCGCCUUUGCCUUGUGGUAAAUUUAGUCAAGGUGGUCCGAUAAUACGUGAAAUCAGUAUUAGUAACGCCACAUCAACCCGUACAGUUGCUGUUCCAGCGCCACAUUUGAGAAAUUCCACAGGUUUAAGAAAUAACUUUCAACCCGUGCAGCUCAACCCUCAACCUGCAGCUACAGAUACUACUGGAAAUAACCUCGUUGGCAAGCCAGCGAGUGAGAUAAGGGAAGAGAACUUACAACUCUUCUUGAGGUGCGAGGAAUAUAAAAAGAAAGAGAAUGAAAUAGAACAGACGGUAAAGAGCUUAGAAAAAGAACUGGAAGAAACUAAAAGUAAAUGUGCUCAACUUGCUUUGCUUGUGGAUGCUAAGAAGAAGGAGAUGCAGCAACAAAUUUAGUAAAAACGUUACAGAGUUUUUAGUAGUUAAGUUUGUAAAUCAAUCAGUUAGUUUUAGGAUAUGGGCUUGUAACAUUAUUAGGCUUGUAUGUAACAUAAUUGGGCUUUGUGGUCCUAUCAGACUCUACUUACCAAAAAAAGCAAAGCAGCGACGGUGAUGACUGAGAGAAGACGUUUGCUUUUUCUUCUUGUCGAAGCUUAAAAAACGUUUCAGUAGUUUAA